AUGCAAGCAUUCAUGAGCACCUCUGUGCCAUCCACCAGAUCUCCCAUAUCAUCCCCAUCAUCCCCACAUUUACCUGCACGGUCCAUUUCUCUGCCUCAGGGUGAUGCAUCUUCAGACUCGACUAAUGCUGACAAGAAUUCAACUGAAACUGUAUCCACUACAAGCAAGGAUGUCACCUUAGACAUUACUACACGUGUUGAAUCUUCUGUGUAUCCUGUGGAAGCUGCAAAUAAUGAGAAAGUAGAGGAUGGAUCUGAGAGUGAUAAGAGUAAGGGAGCUGUUUCUGCACCAGAGAAAAGCUUCAGUGCUGUGCCAGUGCAAGUCAGCAGUAGCGAGUCCAGCAGCAGUUCGUCAAGUGAAAGUGAAUCAGAUUAUGAUAAUGUGCCUUCAGGUCAUAAAAAGUCAUUUGUCCAUAAAAUACCAUCAGCAAUUGAUAUGCGGGAAGAUAAGUUGUUAGCUGCAAAGAAUGAUAAUGUAAGGACAUCUGAUGAUGAUAACAUGGAAGUGUGUGCAUCUGAUGGAGAUGACUUUGGCUUAUCAAAGUCAGGGCAAAAUGAAAAUGAAGGGAUUGAAACCAUUAAUCAGGAGUUAGUGAGAGUGAAUGCUCCGCGGUCUCUUGAUCAGAUGCAAGCUGAGUGCCCAAGCCUUGUUAAGGAGGAAGCACAGCCAGUGGUGAAGCAAAGUGAAUUGAUUGAAUCUCAGAAGGUCGCUGAGUCCCAGAAAUCAAUCGAUGAACUUUUUGAUCAGCUUGCUAAUGAUGCAGUUGAAGACAUUGAAAGGUUUUCGGAAUUGGUAGAGUCACCUGAAGUGAAAGUGAGUGGAGUUUUGCAUAAGGAGCAAGCUCAUUUAAAGGAUAAUGCAGUCAAAGAUAGUGAGAGAAAAGUAAGUGACAGUACAAGUUCAGAACAGAGUGUAUUGACAAGGGUUGUAGCUGAAAAAUCAGCUGGACCCACAGAUAUUGGCAAAGCAAGUGUGCACAGCCAAGAGGAAGUUAAAAGUGAACCAAUGGUAGUUGAACCCUCUAUUGAGAUUGUAAUCGAAGAAAGUUUGUUAGAUGCUGAUGUGUCAGAGAGUAAGUGUUCUCUGAAGAGCCCGAUAGAGGAUGAUGAAGGAUCUGAAAGUAAAAGGUCUCAUAAGAGUACACUAGAUGAGGAUAUCUCUGAGAGCAAAAGAUCCCUGAAAAAGAUCGCAGGAGAAGACCUAGAGAUUGAGGUUAAUCAGACAAGUCGACUCUCUGUCAAGAAAGGUACAUCCAAGACCAUAGCCCGGAUAGCCUCAGAGGAGAGCCUUGGGGACACAGAUUCAGCCAUCUCCACUGGCCCGAGCAAGACUGCCUCAGUGCCUUCAAAACCGAGUGUUCUGGCUGACCUGGAAGGGAUUGAGUAUAUGGACACAGGUGGUGAAAGUGCCAGCAGCCCUGAGGAGGUCUCACACAUCAAAGAAGGCUACACCAAGCUAGGAGCUGAGACUCCCACAACUCCUGUUGCACCACAGAUUUCCAUGGUUGGCAUGGAGAAUUUAUCUGGCUGUGAUAGCAAGUCUUCUGACAGCACAAGUACUGAAUUAGAGGACUCAUCCCAGAAUUCGGUUCCACUGUUAGAGAAUUCACCAGAGGAAGCAAAAGACAUUCCAGAAGAGCCCAGAAGUAUAUCUGAACCACCAUCCUUGAGUGAAAGUAAACCAAAGUUCAGCAGUGAACAGCGUCGUGACUCUCUAGAUGAUUAUGUUACCAAGAGCCGUUAUGAGGGAUAUAUUCCAAGGUUCAAGGAGAGAGUGAGUCCAUUUUGGAUAUGUGAGGGAUUCCCUGAUGUGAGAAGAAAUUCAACUAAAAGUCCUUUAUUCACUCCCACAAAACAAGACAUUGAGGAAGGGAGAAAAAAUGAAAAUCGUAAUGAAAAACUAACAAUUCCUACAACUGAGAAUGUCUCCUUGGCACCUAACACAGCUAAGAAGCAAAUUGAAAGGAGUCUAAAGGGGAAAGAUAAGGAAAAGGAAAAAGAUCUAAUUCGAGAAAUGUCCUCAGUCAUCUCAGGAGAAUUUGCUGGAGAAGUUGAUACGCCAGUAAAUGGAAGUACAGAUAAUUUAACCAAUGGAGAGGUGCCAGAAAAGAAGACCAUUCGUGCUGACUGCAAGAACUUGCAAGAUAGUGUCUUGGGCAGUGGUUCCAAGAGAAGCAUCUCAGAAGUUAGUGGAGAUCUUCCUGAUAGUGGACAGACUUUCCAAGCUGAGGAAAAUAGAUCCAAAGUACGAGUUGGUGCCCUGUUCAGAGAUGACAGUGUUCUUGGAACUGUAGGGAAACAUGGAAGUCUCCAAGAUGUAAAUGUACCAUUUGCUGAUGAUAGCCAAGAUGAAGAGGUGUUUGUAUUAAAGGAAGAUGAGAAAAAUAUUAUAGUAUCUACUAAAAAAGUACCAAAGAGCCCCAGGAAGGAAAAGUCUCCAAGGAAGAGCUCUCCAAUUAAAGAGGUUCCAAGUCCAUCUCACAACAACCUCCCAGCAACACCACUAACACAUCCAGAGCAGUUUGACCAACCUUGUCCAAACGAGAGCUGUUCAAGGUGCCUUACAACGAUAGCUCCAACACCACCUCCAAGGACACAGCAUGCAGCAUCAUUAAAAGGAAUGUAUACUCCGAUAGGAGUAGAGAGGCCCGUCUCAACUCCAAAUCUAAGCACUCUUAAAAAGGGAAGUGUGAGUGAAAGUGAAUGUGACCGGGAAGAUCAAGUCAAGGAUUCUAUAUUAAGAACAAGUGCAACUUCUAAUGGAGAUGAAGUGAGGGCCAAGAACAAAGAACACCAUGUUAGAAAAGAUGUUCCUGUCAAAGGAGAGGAAUCUAGAACAAAAGAUAAGGAGGAACGCGUCAGAGAGUUGCUUGCAGAACAGAGAGAGCAUCGUCAACGAGAACCUGAGGGCAAAAAGGAGGAAUGGUGCAACAAAGAUGACCGUGUCAGGGAGAGACUAGAAGAAGCUGGAGUCACUUCAGGUUUUCACCUCCUCACCAAGCAAAGGUCCAGCUCCUACAGCAACCUUAUCGACCACCAAUACAACGCCAAGCAUAAGCUCAUCAUCAUCUACAAUUACCAAUGCUCCGAGUGA